UAAAGGGUCAGCUUGUGGUGCUCCAACACCUACACGAGGAAUAUUGGCCGGCCCGUUCUCGAACCCUAAUCGAUAUAAUAGAGGCUUGAAUCCGCAAACGGAGCGGGGAUAAUGGCGAGCAGCGAAAUGGCGUCUUCAUCGAAUCCAGAGCCCGAACGGGACGCGGAAGAGACGAACCUGAACCCCAACCCUGUCGCUCCUCCGGUCGCCCCCGUCGUCUGCCUCAUGAGGUUCGCCAGCGACUCGGCCGCUGGAGGCUUCAUGGGCUCCAUCUUCGGUUAUGGAAAAGGUCUGGUAAAUAAAAGAGGUUUUAGAGGCUCCUUUGGUGAUGCUGGUUCUUCUGCCAAGACAUUUGCAAUUUUGUCUGGCGUUCACAGUCUGGUUAGCUGCUUCUUAAAGAGACUGCGAGGGAAAGAUGAUGUUAUUAAUGCAGGUGUAGCUGGUUGUUGCACAGGUGUUGCUUUAAGCUUUCCAGGUGCACCCCAUGCGUUGCUUCAGAGCUGCCUCACCUUUGGUGCAUUCUCAUUUGUCAUGGAAGGACUCAACAAGCAGCAGCCUGCAUCGGCAAAAUCUUUCUCUUCUGGCCAAGAGAUCACCAAGAGCCCAAAGAAUGUGCUUCCUCCCUUCACUCUCCCUCUUCCUCCCACUCUCAUGGAGGGCUUCUCUUCCUUCUGUAAAUCCUUAUCGAAGCCCAGGAGUCCAAUUCCCCGGUGACUGCUGCAAAUUACCCUCUUCCUCCCUUUUGUUCUUCAGGUCACAGAGAAUUGCUGUAACCAUUUGCUCUCUGUCACUGUCUGGUUGCAUUUAUUUUUCUCAUUCAUCUCCUAACGCUGACAUCCCAUGAUCGACUGAACUGAGCACAAUGUUAUGAGUUGUUUGAAUCCAGGUUUUCCUUUUCCCUUCGA